GAUUCGUCGCUUCGGGAAGGACAGGACGUGUUGUGUGCGAUUCGGGCUGUACGGCAAAGGACCGCGGAUCGUAGGGGAUUCCUCUUUUUGGACAGUGGUGGCAGUAAAUCAAAGCAGGCUUGCCUCUCUCUCUGUGUAGGGGAAUACAAGGAUCUUGGCUGUUUUGCUGGUGCUUGUGGUUGUUGUUGAGGUGAAAUCUCGCAGCAGGUGAGCCGGGCUUGCGGAAUACGCCACUGUGGGACCUAUCAAUCAAUCAAGGCGGCGCGCGGCUUACGGGAGGUUGAGGGCUCGCGUGCCCUUGUGCAGGUUGGACCGUGGUCAGGACCGGGAUUUCGGAUAGGAGCGAAUCAUAUCGCUUUUACAGCAAGUGAUACAUAUUGCAUGAGCUUGUAGCAGGUGAAGCAAAAAACGUGGCAGCAAGCCACGACCAGACUGGAUCAAAGCAAUCCAGCAGGACCCACUCGGCGGAAGGAACAAAAAGUGGUGUGCAGUGCUGCCAUCUGUCCCACCCGGGUGGUGGUGGUGACCGAUAAGGGAACGGACCGUGUGGCUCGCCGCCGCACAAGAUUAGGGUGAAAUUGUGAAGGCUUGUGCCCUGCGGACCUUUUCAUACUUCCCUUUAACCGCGGACUUCGCAGAAAUCCCGGAAAACCAACGGAGUUUUCUCGGUGGAACGUCAACACUGGACGUGGCGAGGCCUACUUUUUGGGGUCCCCGGGGCCGGAAACGGUGAAUAAAUCGAUGCGGUUACACAACUAGAGCAGCGGUUUUUGGCCACACUCACACCAACCCGAGCUCGAGUCAGGGGCCUACUUCGGUGUGGUGGUCGUGUAGGUUGGCAAAUUGGAAUCAUAAUCGGUUUUACAAGCGUGGCAGCGAACGAGAACAAUAGCGGCUCGUAAAUGUGGUAGUUUUCGUUUUUUUUUGCUGCGGGUCUAGUCGGUAAAUUUGGGGAAACAAUCCGGAUUUGGUCGGGCAAAAUUUGAGCUAUUAAUUUCCGGCCGAGAGUGGCGCUAAUUAAGCGCAAUCAAGUGAGUGUCAAAACGAGUGUUGUGGAGGAGAACAAUACCGAGGGGGGAAACAAUAGUGGCGGAACGGGUGCGUGGUGGUGUUAGUGUGUUCGUGUGAAAUCGAACGCGAGGUUCGCGAGGAGGCGUACGGAACGGAACAUCGCGCAUUGUGAGUGUGUGAACGUCAACACCUUCUCCAUCAAACUUACGGGAGGCAAAGGCGCAUCGCCCCAUCUCCACGCAAGAACGCGUCCUCCUAGAAGGUGGAAGUUUUGUGUCAGCCAGCUUCGCUCUCUGUUCGUGACACAAUUUUCAUCAUUUUCCUCGUCACCCAACUCACCUGGCAGCCUCUUACAACAGAAUUACAACUUCUACCGACCACAUAGGAAUUAACUGCUCCCACGCACGACGACACAUCACGCACGUACACACACAGGUGAAGAUGCAUCUGUCACUGGCGGUGCCACACGACAUCCGAUGGAUUACCGUUGACCACCGCCGUCGACCGUGGUGAACUCCCAAGGGAGACAAACAGUACUGAGUCAGUUCUCUGUUUAUUGACGUUAUAAGCCAAAACAAAAAAAAGAAGAAGAAGUCAGAAUGACGACCCGAUUACGACGACCUGCCACCAGCAGCUGUCGGCUUAUCCUCUGCUCAAUCACGCUCAUCCUGGUGGUCUUCCUCAAACAAGCGACCUCCUUCUGCCCCUCGGUAUGCACCUGCGAGAUGGACCCACAGGUGCGAACCUGGUGCAUCGGAGUCCACCUGGACGUGGUCCCCAUCCAGCUUAACCCAGAGGUCCGGUACAUCAACCUCACCUCAAACGAAAUCCAAAACGUGCACUUUAUGCUCAGCUUCUACCACAAGCUCGAGGUGCUCGAUCUUUCGUUCAACGAGAUCAGCGACCUCGGCUCGCGCAACUUCGACACCCAGGAAAGUCUCAAAAUGCUCAACCUCAGUGACAACGCGCUCGUCACCAUCCCCAAAGACGCCUUCAAGGGACUCCGCAAGCUCCAAAUCCUCAAAUUGUGCAACAACCGCAUCGAAACCAUCCACACGACGGCGUUCUACGACCUGCGGAACCUCCUGGAGCUGGACUUCUCCAACAACGCCAUCAUCUCGCUCGAUCACGGCGUUCUCCGCCACCUGUACUCGCUGGAAACCCUCUCCUUCCAGAACAACCAACUCCUGGAGGUCCCGUACGAGCACAACGUGGAGCACCUGUCCCGCCUGCAGACGCUCGAUCUGUCCGUCAACCUGAUCGAGUUCAUAGCGAACGAUAGCUACGCGAGUUUGCGCGAACUGCGGACUCUGAAGCUGGCUGGAAAUGUGCUGACUGAGCUGGAUUACGGGGCGUUCAACGGGUUGAGUGCGCUGAGGGGACUGGAUCUGGCGGAUAAUAAUUUUACGGUCGUGCCAACGCUGCAAUUAUCAAAGCUGUGCAAUCUGACGUAUUUAUCGCUGAGUGGCAACAAUUUCGACGCGUUGCCGGCCGUGGCCUUCAUGAACCUGUUCCAGCUGCGGCAGCUCCAUCUGGACCGGCUCGACCGGCUGGAGCGGAUAGACGUCCGCGCCUUCGUCGACAACACCAACCUGCACGUCCUCUCGCUGGACGACAACCCUUCCUUCACGAGCCUGCCCCUCCGUCUGUUCCACGGCAACCCCGCCCUAGUGGAAAUCUCGAUGCGCCGCAACGGUCUCAUCCGUCUGGACGCCGUCCAGUUCCCGCUGGACCACCUGCACCGACUCCGCCUCUCCGGCAACCCACUGGUCUGCAACUGCUCACUGCUCUGGCUGUGGCGGCUGGCCUCCGAGGGUGAUCCGGACGAUGAGUUCUUGCUGACCUCGGCGGCGCUGACCAGUGCUGCCGGGUCCGGGAUGGUCUCGGAUGCCGAGGACAGUUCCUCGGGACAUCCGCUGGUGAUCGACCGGGACGAGUUGGGGUGUGACUUGUACGAGGACGGGAGGAAGAUCCGGCGGACGCUGCGGACGAUGACGGAGUCCGACAUGGGUUGUCCGACGCACGUGGUGACCGUGGUCAGUGCCGUGUUCAGCUUACUGCUGCUGCUGGCAACCGGAGCUAGCGUGCUGUACUUCUUCCGGCUGUCAAAGCGGCGGAAAAAGCUGCUCCAAGAUCCUCGUAAAACAGUCAACGAGCUGAUCCACGUGCCCCAGAAGGUGGACAAGCUGGAGCUGGAGCGGUACUUGGCCCAGCAGAGCCAGGCCGAGUAUCGACCGCUGCGAGGUGGCCCCUGGGAGGUCACUCCGAUGCUUAAGGACGACCAGCAGUUCCACCAGUACGGCAAUCCGCUGCACGAGUCCGAUCACUACGAAAGCUUUGAGUACUACCAGCAGCAACCGCAGCAGCAACCUCAACCGCCCCAAGUCCACCAGAAGCGAACGCUUCCCAGGCCGCACAUCGUGUACGUAUGACUCUAGACCGGCCGGAAGAUCCGUAGCAGUAUCGCUAGCAGUAGUAGAAAGAACUUCCGCGGUGGCAACAGCGUUCGGCCGCUGCUCGUCGAUAGCUCCGUUUGAGAACGAACCCAAAAGCUACUCAAAUCGUUGUAAAAAUUUACAUUAGAACAUGAUUUUUUUGCUGCUGCUUCCUCCGCACCCUUAAGGGGUGGCCCCACUUUAUAAUAUCCCAAACGGCUUAUUUCGAGCACACACAAAAAAGUAAGUCGGUGUAUUUUGUAUAUCUGUCUGAUACACGUGUAAAUAUAGGCAACCCCGAACAGAAAAAAAAGGAUGUCGAUAAGAAGGGGGAAAUCUCGGUAACAAAAAAAGGUGAACAUUCUGAACAUAUGUAUUCAGUAGAGACACACAAAAAACGGAGCCAAAAUAAGGAAAGCAAAUCUAGGAGCUAUGAAUAUUUACUGGAAGCUGGGAUUAAAAUAUAUUUGAUAUCGAGGAAGGCGCACGGCAAAGGAAAAAAAUGUGGGCAGAUCUACAAGCUCUAAAUAAUGAUCAUUGGAAAAAAAAAUCAAGGAAAAGUGCCGCAGUCUGUGCGUGUGGUUUGUUGAAUGGGAAAUUAUUCGUUUCUUGGGAUUUGUGAGCUUCUUUGGGUGCAGAUUAUUGAAAUAAUGAUAGCUUUUUAAAAUAAGGGUUUCCUGCAUACAUUUGAAAAUAAAAUUGAUUAGAACUUGUUGUAUGACGGAAAAAAAGAACAUACUUGUUUUCUAGGAGGAUAACUAAGCCAGUGAAUGUACUUUUUUUAAGUUUGUGACAAAACCAUUAGCUGAAUUGCAGAAAGAAACUUCAUAUUUUUAUGUUUUGUUAUAUUUGCUUCUUAAUAAAUGUCAUAAUUCCAUGCAAUUCCAUGUCAAAUAGGGAAUCGGUUGUACCCAGAGGGUUACUAAAGACAGCCAUCUUGGGGAUUGAGAUUAAUAUCACGCGCAAACUGCGCACAGUAAAAACAAAUAUAUUUUUUUAUUUAUAUUUAAUUUUUUUCAUUACAUAAAUUCUGAUUUACUGUAAAUGUUCAAUGAAAAAAAAAGUCAAAAUACAUAGAACUUCAGUUAAAUGUAUCAAGUGAUAAAAGUACAACUUUAAAUGUAGUUAUCGGCCAGAUGUGUAGGAUCCCUACUUAAGUAGUUUAUUUUGCACAUAAAUUUAGGAAAAAAUAAUUAUAAUUGAUGAGAGUUCGACUGUUGAUAUUAUUUGAGUUUGAUCGGCUACUCAACUAACCGCCACAAAAUUUGUGACCAUAGCGACAGUUCAGUGUACCACCAGCUUUUGAUGGAACUUAUGACGUUAGCCUUAGAAAAGGCAGCGUCACAAGAAACCUCAAGCUAUUUCCCCCUGAAAAAGGCCCCAAUCAGCGCCGAAACGUCGGACACAGCAUAAACAGCGUUUCACUUUGCCCAUACUGAGUAGCCGAUCAAACUCGAAAAAAAUAAUUUUACAUGAAAAAAUAAUCAGUUUCUUUUCAUUUUAUGCCAGAAGUUUUAGUACUUUUUUACAAUGCGCAGUUGAUUUGUUUUGGUUCCGUAAUAACAGCUGUUCUUUUGUUCUGGCUUUGUUUUGGUGUCGUAAAUGACUGUUCCCUUUUGUUCUGGUGCCAUAAUUGACAGCUGGUGAUGGCUGCGGUGGAGCUACCUGUAGGGAGAUAGAAAUUCCAAGGUUAUUUUCAAAAUAAUAAUGUAAAUCACUGUAUUUCUUAUAUUAUUUUUUUUUUUUCAUUCAAUUUUAGAUCAUUGUUUAAUAGCUGAAAGAUUCUUUUAGAAAAUCGGUCUAUAUUUUAUAAAUAAAGCAUUCAUUCCCGAAAAUUUAUAAAUUAUCCGUAUCUAAAGCACAAAUCAUUCAUAAUUCUUCCUGGGUAGGCCCAUAGUCAAGUUCGGACAGAAGCCCCUCCCAGUUUUGCAAGGAGUUCAAUACAACAUUUUUUACAAUUCUGAUAAUCACCUUUUGAGUGGAAUUAUAAUUGAAAGCUUCAUGUAUUUUGUCAAUUAAUUUUUUAAACAAAAAAAUAUGUUGGAAAGUAUUACUUUUCGAAACAAGUGCUGAAAAGUUCAACUUUUCAGCAUCCUUUUUAGUGCUGAAAAGUAGAACUGUGCAGAACUAAUUUUGAAAAGUGUAACUUUUCGAUUCUGAUAUUUUUGGUACAAAAAGUAGGCUUUAUCCUCGAUCAAGAAUGACCGGAAAAGUAAGUUGUUUCACGACGGAAUGACAGAAAAAGUAGUUUAUGCAACAAGUUGCAAAACGAAGAUUUUUUUCAGCACGAGUCGUACAUUUAUCCAACGAGGUUUACCAAAUGGAUUAAUACGACGAGUGC